CACUGGAUUCCUCUGUACUCUUUCACCACCAAACUCCAUUAAAAGCAAAAAAAAAAAGAAGGAUGGGUAUGGUAGUAGUUAUUUCUCUUCCAUUUAUACUCUUCACAAUACUUAUUGGAUUUGGUUGUUUUUUCUUUGGAAGAGCUAAAGGUAGACAAGAUCUCAAAACUAAUCCCCAAGUCUUUGGUGUCCCCACCCCACCCCCUGGUACUAAUUGUGAUAUUCCUACUGCUACCGCUGCUGCUCCUUUUCCUCCAACUCAAAAUUUCAAGCAAGAUAAUACUUCCAAUGUGUAAAAGAUUGAGAUUUUAUUAUUUGUGAUUAAUUUUAUUUUGUGGGAUUGAUUCUACUUGUGCAGAAAUGAAAACAGUGAAAUGAUUUUUUUUCCUUUUCCUUGAGGCUUGAGUUGCACUGUGAAUUACUAAUGGAAGUAAUUGUAUGAAUUGUGUAUCAAGUUUGUUUUGUUUUAGUAUGAUUUUAUUUAG